CUUGGGAAUCAUGCUCGAAAUAGUAAUAAGUUAUUCAAAUAAGAAAUUAUAGUUCAAAGUCAUCGAACACUGCCACGCACAUCUCAGCAUCCUCAUCGCCCUUCGGGAUUGGCUCCAAGUUCAUCGUUCCCUGGAUUACCUACGUAUAGCAAAUAGGAAAAGGGCUACACGAUCAACAUUGAAGCUAAAAGCUUGGCGAUAUAAUGGACAUGACUUUUGGUGCCCGAUAUGUUAUUCUGAUGAUGGCUUUGUUCUCAAUAUACACUGGAUUUAUUUAUAAUGAAUCUUUUUCUGUACCCUUUGAAGUAUUUGGGCGCUCAGCUUAUGCUUGUAAUGACCCCUCAUGCAGCUACACCCAUGGUGAUCAAUCCCCGGAAGUUACCAUUUUGACAGGGAAAGACCGUUACAUCUGGAUCGACUUAGGGGCUGGCCUAGUGGAGUAUGGUCCAGCACUCUAUGGCGAUGGUCUUAUGCCUAGGGGCGAAUUUCAUCCACUGGCGUCUAUCCACGGCCGACCCAAGUCUCAAAAGUCUAUGCUUUGUGACUUGGCUUCACUGGUUUGGAGUUCUUACCAGACAGGAGAGGGAUACCAUCAGCAAAUCUUCAUACCAAUUGGAACUUCAUGCUUAGGUUCCAAACUAUUUCUCAAGGCCCUUAAAAGUUUAACAACUUACCUUGCUGAAACGGGAAUAGGAGUGGAAAUGGCAGAGACACAGGAAGUAGAAGCUUUGGUUACAAAUGAUACUACAUUACCUCGGUUGGAACACGACAAUGGGAAGGAACCGAUAUUUGAGAGGAAUGAGGAAGAGGAACAAGUUCAGAGAAUUUCAAUCUCAACAAAAAUACUAGAAAUGGAUAUAGAACAGGCCAACAAGGGGAUUGACUGUCAAAAUAUAUGUAUGGAAGGGGAAGCUGCGGUAAAUGGCUUGUCCAAGGAAGAGAUUGAUGCUGAAAAGGCUUUUGGUCCAAUCUUUCAAAGCUACUUCGAGGCUGUCCUUAGAGAAACAGAGGACUAUAUCCGGGAAAAACUUGCACAAAGAGAACUCAUAGAGCUUCUUAAGAAGGGUCUCAUCCAAGACCAAGCAGGGGUAUCUUUUAGGGUAACAAGGGAGAUUGUUAAAAGUAUGGAAAAUGUUGAUUUAGUCCACAUAAAGGGCACUAAACAUCCAAUUUUCUUGGCCUACUCAAACUAUGACGCAGAGGCAGUCACGGCUCACAUGAGCUGGGAAUCGCAGUAGAUUGUUUUAAUAGUUUCUCAUAGGGGAUUAAAGCUACUGCUCGAUG